AUGUGUAUAUUUUGCUUUCAAGGGAAACAUAAUGUUUUCUCUUUAAGGAUACUGGCUAUCUCAUACUUCUUUAGGGUCUUCUAUUUGGAAUCAUUGACAUUCAAGGAUGUAGCUGUGUACUUUACCCAGGAGGAAUGGGGACAACUAGACCCUAGUCAGAAAUAUCUAUACAGAGAUGUAAUGCUAGAGAAUUAUAGGAAUUUGGUCUCGUUGGGGCAUCACAUUUCCAAACCAGAUGUAAUCUCCCAUUUGGAACAAGGAGAAGAGCCUUGGAUGGUAGGGAGAGAAAUCCUAAGAGGUACUUCUCCAGGUGGGAUGACCAGGCAUGAAACCACGGAGUCACCUCCAAAGCAGGGUAUUUCUGAAGAGGAAUUAUGCCAGAUGACAGUAGAAGGAUUUCCAAAAGAUGUUAUUUGGUAUUCUGAGUUAAGAGAUACCUGGAAAUCUGAUAGCCCAUUUGGAAGGCAAAUGAUAAUUCCUCAGGAGAAAAUUAUCACAGGGAAGAUAGACACUGAGCGUAAUGAAAUUAAUCUGAAUUCAGUCCUUGUUACAGAACAGAAAGUUUCUGCAAGAGAGAAAUCCCAAGGAUGUGAUCUAUAUGGAAGAACUUUUCAAUUUAGUUCACAGCUAAUUAGACAUCAGAAAAUCUGUGUAUGGAAGAAACCUUAUGAAUGUCAUGAAUGUGGGAAAGCUUUUAGUAAAGGUGCACUCCUAAGGCAGCAUCAGAGAGUCCAUACUGGAGAGAAACCCUAUAAAUGUAAUGAAUGUGGGAAAGCUUUCACACUUCGUGCACUUCUUAAGCAACAUCAGAGAGUCCAUACAGCAGAGAGACCCUAUAAAUGUGAUGAUUGUGGAAAAACUUUCAGUAUGAGUGCACUUCUUAAGCAGCAUCAAGGAGUCCAUACUGGGGAGAAACCCUAUGAAUGUAGUGAAUGUGGUAAAGCCUUCAGACUUCGUGGAAGCCUUACUCAACAUAAAAGCAUUCAUACUGGGGAGAAACCCUAUGAAUGUAAUGUAUGUGGGAAAGCUUUCAGUACAGGUGCAAUUCUUAAGCAACAUCAGAGAAUCCAUACUGGAGAGAAGCCCUACAAAUGUGAUGAAUGUGGGAAAGCCUUCAGUCGGAGUUCAAGCCUUACAGAACAUAAAAGAAUCCAUACUGGAGAAAAACCUUAUGAAUGUAAUGAAUGUGGGAAAGCCUUCAGACUGCAUGGACACCUCACUAAACACCAGAGCAUUCAUCCCGGGGAGAAACCUUAUGAAUGUAAUGAAUGUGGAAAAGCCUUUAGACUUUGUGGAAAACUUACACAACAUAAAAGAAUUCAUACUGGAGAAAAACCAUAUAAAUGUAGUGAUUGUGGCAAAGCUUUUGGAGAUGGUGCCCUCCUUAUGAGGCAUCAGAGAGUUCAUACUGGAGAGAAACCUUACAAAUGUAAUGAAUGUGGAAAAGCCUUUAGUCGUCGUGCAAACCUUACUCAACAUAAAAGAGUUCAUACUGGAGAAAAACCCUAUGAAUGUCAAGAAUGUGGUGAAACUUUCAGUCAGAGUAAACAACUAAAGCGACAUCAGACACUUCAUACUGGAGAGAAACCCUAUAGAUGUAAUGAAUGUGGGAAAACCUUCCGUCAGAGUAGACAGUGUACUCAACAUCAGAGAAUUCAUACUGGAGAGCGACCCUACACAUGCAGUGAAUGUGGAAAGACCUUCAGACUGCAUGCACAGCUUACUGAACACAAAAGCAUUCAUACUGGAGAGAAAGCUUAUGAAUGUAAUGAAUGUGGGAAAGCCUUCAGACUGCAUGCAAACCUCUCUCGGCAUCAAAGAAUACAUACAGGGGAGAAACCUUAUAAAUGUAAUCAGUGUGGGAAUGCCUUUAGGCAUAGUUCAACUCUAGUCAGACAUCAGAGACUUCAUAGUGGAGAAUAA